GAACCGACAACUCUCGCCGAGAAAAUUCGUUCAAUGAUUGAUGCUCUACCUUCACCUACUCCACGUAACUCUCGCACUUUCCCGAAACCUAUGCCGCCGGCUCGAGAUGCCGAAGGUCGUCCCAUUCCACCUCCUGGAGCCAUUCCCAUCAAGGACAAGAAGCUUAUCGCCAAGUUGUACAACCCCAACGUUAUGAAUGCUGAAGGAAGCGAAUCCGACAGUGUUUGGAGUAUCCUCGAGAGCUUUGGUGCUAGGAGCCAUGACGGUAGUACAGGAGGCGACAACAGCAGCACCUGGUCGGACGACAGUAUCAUGAUGUACUCGCCGUUGUUCCCCACCGAAGAGUCUCUCGUUGAAAUCGCAGCAUCUCACAUCGUCCCUGCUUCAAAUCCACCUGCCCCCUUGCGGCCGCAAGCCUUGUGGCAACGCAAAUGGCCUUGGUGGAAGAAGCCCGCAGUCGCACCAGCAGAUGGAAGUACGGACAAGGAGAAGAGUCGUGAAGGCAACCAACCUGCUGCACCUGCAACCCCCAUACGAGUUUGGAUUCCAUCGACCACGAAAAUUUCGGUUCAAGUGAUGUGGUGGGGUUACCGUCUAUAUCUUCCUCCGCCCGUCCUCGCCAUCCUUAGUCAAGAGCAGCUUGAAGCGACUAAACGCGCUGCAACAAUCACAGCAGCCUUGACUUGGCUAUUCACCCAUAUCCCUAUUUCCCUACUGCCUCCACCCGUCCAACCAGCCUUGCUUCUCCUGCAGAAGAUUGUGCCGUAUCUUGGGUAUAUCGGCACUUUUAUUUCGUGGAGCUGGAGUACUAUCAAGGGAUAUGAUGUUGCAGGGUAUGGCGUUAUUCUCAGUGCGACGUGGUUGCUUCCCGUAGCUCUUCUCCCAGGAACGUGG